AUGUAUAGUCCUGCUACAUAUGCCUCCAAAAUUGACGGAAUGUCACCAUUAUUAAUUGUUGCUGCAUGCCAUGUUCCAGGAUUUGCUCGUAGUUUAUCUGUCCAUGUUGAUACAUUCCAAAAUGCUGCUCAAUAUGUUGCAGCAUAUCAAGGAUUUUAUGUUGAUUAUGGAAUUUUAUACGAAGAGUCUGAGAGCGAAGAAGUUUAUGUUACUAUCCACUCUCCAAAUAUCACAGAUGUACCAUUACCUAUCACAGAAAACACACUUCCAAAGAUUCUUGCCUUUGAAAUGCUUCAACAAAUCUACAAUAACUACAAGACAAUUAAAAAGCGGUUCUCUGAUGAGCAGAAUCCAGAGAUAGUUAAGAUUUACGACCAAAUUAAAUUACAAGAAAAAUUAAUUCGUACAGCAGUAGAUAAAGCAGAUGCCAGAAUGAAUCAAGCAAAGAAGGAGGAGCUUAUGGAGAAGCUCAAAGGAUUCAUUCCACCAGACAAAUUAGAAAGAAAUCGUCUUCGCUCUGAUAUCAAAGCCUGCAUCAACCAAACGGAGAAGGCCGAGCUUGAAGCCAAGCUUGAAGAGCUAAAGGCCAAAAAAGAUAAGACAAAUUAUACAAGAUUAGAUGUAGUUACAAAAGCAGCUCACGAUGCGGCCAAAGAGAUCGCAAAGUUUGCUGCUGAGUUAGACCGUGAGAAAGAACUCAAGGAACUCAAGAACUACAGAGAAGAAAUGAUGAGAAUGCAAGAAGAAAACGAUUAUGGCGAAGAAGAAGACUCAAUGAGCCAAAUCUAUCAAGCAGCCGCUCAAGUUGCUGAUAAUGAAAAGGAUAGAGCUGAAUAUGCCGAUAAAGCCGAUAAAUUUGGUAAAUUAAAGAAAUUAAAACUUGAACACAAGGCAAACAUGACUCGUGAGCGCAAGGAGAAGCUUAGAAAGGAGAAAAUUGCUAAAAGAAGAGCAGAACUCGGUGAAGGUGACAACAUUCAGAUCCCAGAUGAAGAAUUAUUAUCUGAUAGUGAAGUUGACGAUGCAGAUUUCAAUGAAACAGAAGUUGAAGCUACUGUUACAGAAGAUACAUCAUUAAACAAUCACGAAGAUGUCGAAUUUGAAGAAAAGAAGCCAAAAGUAACUAAAUCUGCAGAAGAAAAGCCAAAAGAAGAGGAAAAACCUAAAGAAGAAGAAAAGCCUAAAGAAGAGGAACAGAAGCCUAAGGAACAAGAAAAACCAAAGGCUGAAGAGCCACAAAAAGUUGAUGAAAAAGUGGAAGAAAAACCAAAGGAAGAAACGACAACGGCUGAUAGUAGUAUGAAACAAGAAUUAUAA